AUGCGCAAAAAGCGAAUGAUACUUGAGGACCCUGAGCUCAAAAGAAUUGCAAUGGCACUCAAUACCGUUGCUGCGGGGCCACGAAAAGAAAAGAAAACACAGAGAGCCUCUAGCCCUUAUCGAGAGAAUAUAAAAGGAGAAAAAUAUAAAAACAACUUUUGGAAGCGAAGUGACUGGAUUAUUGGGUCUGCGGCCGUUCUCGAGCCCCAUUGGCCCGGUGGGGACACCCAAGGCCUUUAG